AUGGUCCGUCUCAGCUCGGAGUCUCUCGCUACCCUGCUGCUCGGCACUCGGCUGGCCCGAGGUGAGAACCGCAGUGGAGGCAAGUCGGCCACAAAGUACAUUGUCAUGACCAAAGAGGGCGUCAACCCGGAGACUGUGACCGAGACGAUUGCACGUCAUGCCGACCUCCUCCCCCUAGGAGUUCCGGGGAAAUACGAGCCCAUCGACUGCGGCGACAUUUUCAGGGGCCUCGUGGUGAAGUCGCCCAUCACUGCACAAGAGAUCAAAGCCAUCGAUGGUGUGGUCCAUGCUUGGCCAGCCCAGCCCCUCUACCGGGAUACCGCAUCCUGCUGCACCUCCGGAGACGCCGCAUGCAACUGUUACUCCGAAAGGCGUGAAAAGAAACCGACUCACGAUUUGACCGGCGUCACAAAGAUACACAAAGACUCCAACUACGGCCUAGGGACCAAGAUUGCCAUCAUUGACAGCGGUAUCGACUACACCAGGUUGGACCUCGGUGGGUGUUUCGGCCCGCAGUGCAAGGUCGUCGGCGGACGUGAUCUCGUUGGACAAUCGUGGGACCCAGAGAACGAGCAUGAGAAGCCGAGAGUCCCCGGUGCCGAUCCUUUGUCCUUCUUCAGUCUCGGAACCCAGGCUGCGAGCAUCGCCGCUGGCCGACACAUCUGGAUGCAUGAUCUAGGUGUCGCGCCUUCUGCGGAUCUCCUGGCAUACAAAGUAUUCGCGGAAAACGGGACCACCACUUCUGAGGAAGUAGUCAUUCAAGCUUUUUGUGAUGCCUACAGGGACGGUGCCAGCGUCAUUCUGAGUCCAAACAUCGCUUCGACCUCGAAGCUCGAGCCGCCACACCUUGGAGAAUCCGCAUGGGGAACAGUGGCAAACCUUCUCACUUACAACGGGGUAGCUGUGGUCCUCGGUGCAGGGGACAAGGGCACAAAAUCUUUCUUCGCCAACUCUCGCUCCGGAGCCGAAGGCUUUGGCAUCUUGUCCGUGGCAGCCAUCAACAUGACGUGGAACGAUGAUAAGCUAAAGCCACGCCCAGCCGCCUUCACAUCAUGGGGCUCCAUGAAGGAUCUGCUCCUGAAACCAGACAUCGGCGCGCCAGGGGUUGACAUCGGGAUUGAGCAGUAUGACCGAGGCUUCAGCCUUCCCAGCGGCACUGCAAUGGCCGCACCAUACGUUGCAGGCAUCGCUGCUCUCUACCAUAGCCAACUUGGCGGACAACAUUUGGCUCCAUCCAGCUGGGCAACGGACUUCGCAGCAAGAGUCAUUUCAGGCGGCCAGAACGUUCAUUGGGGGCCCGACGACGCCCUCGCGCCCCCAUUCCUCGUGGGAAACGGCCUGGUAGACGCGCACAAAGUGUUGACUUCCAAAACGCUAUUGAAGUUUGAGCCCUUCGCCUUGCUCGACGAGGAGCACUUCCAACCAAACUGGACAUUCACCAUCAUCAACCAAAGCGCCAAAAAAGUCAAAUAUAAGUUCUCUCACCAGGCUCAUGCAGCAGUUGAACUUCACGCUCUCGAGUCAGGAGAACCUCGCUCGGUUGAGGUCCCGCUGAAUGUCCAUCUCCCUCAGUCGCAGCGUAUUGAGGGGGGGGGAAACGCCCAGUUCACGAUUACGUUCGAGCCCCCUAAGCACGACCAUGGCAAGUUCCUGUAUGGCGGCAAGAUCUGGAUUAAAGGAGACGAGGCAGGCGAGCUUUGCAUUCCCUACGGCGGUGUGUCUCACUGA